CAACAAAACAAACGGAGAACACUUUCACUUGCCCAGUUAGUUCAGCAACUCCAAAUCCCUAGCCAUGAAAAUUGUAUCUGUUUGACAAAAUAAAAAACCCCACAACAGCACAGUUCACAGGUUAACCCAGUCGCAGCCACAAAAUACACACGGAGCAAAUCUAGCCGGGAUAAUCCGAGCACACUCUCGAAAUGGGCGCCCAGUUGGCCGGCGAGACGCGUGCCGAGGGGGGCGGGGCCAAGGCCGAGGGGGCGGAGGGCGUGGCUGAACCCCUCCCACCACAGCAGCCAAAGGAGUCCGCGGCUAAGCAGGCGGAUGAGUCGAAAAAGUCGGACCAGGAGGAGCAGCGGGACCAAGACCAGGAGCACCCUCAACCGCAGCUCGUCUCCAUGGAACACCGAUCGAGAUCAGGAAGCAUCACCUCUGACAUCCAGCGAAUGCCGACGGAGGCCAUCUACGCGGAGUUCGAGCGGCUGGUGCAGCGCGUGGAGGGCUCCCUGAAGGAGGUGGCGGAGCCGCCCUGCUCGGACGUGGCCGCCCGGCUGCAGAGCUGCCUGCAGGCGCACCGCCAGCGCUCCUGCCACUGCUUCCCGGCCAUGGAGCAGUACCGCCACUGCGUGCUGCGCGCCACCCAGAGCCGCGUGGACGACCUGGCGGACAGGGACCCGCCCAAGAUCCCGGUGAUGCCGCCCCAGCCGAUGCCACGCCCCGCCGUGCCGCCGCCCGGCGGCCAGCGCUCCAACCGCCGCUGGUGGAAGUUCUGGACCUGGUUCCGCUAGCCAGGGAGAGGCACCGCUCGAUCCCCCAGUUGCUGUCCAAGGAACCUUGCAUCGCCAGCACAAUAAAGAAAGGGCUUUAUUAAUUAA